UUAUGCCGCGACUGAUGAUGACGUCACAUUCAGGCGACUUGUAGUGCCUGUGAGUUUUGUAGGUAGACGAAUGAAAGUAUCUCUUAUAUUAAACGCUUCUACAAUUCAAACCAGCACAACAGUGAUAAGUAGGGUUUCUUAUCGUCUCUUAAAGAGCGUUUAUCAUUUUAAAUGGACGUAAGGGUAAAUAAAGUAUCACGUGAUUAGUUAAGCUAGUUAGCUACGUGGCUAAUUCACGUGUGUUUUGGAGCCGCUGUUUUUAAACUCGUUGUGCUGCUACUCCCAGUGUAUGGCUGGCUGCAGGAUGAAGCUGGAGCUGUCCCGUGUGGCGCUGGGCAAAGGUCGGCUGGGGGUCCUGAAGGGGCUCGGUAAGACAGGGCAGCUCUCUCUGGAGGUCCCGGGGUGUCUGCUGCACACACACCUGGGUACCGUGCCCCACCUCACCCAGGACACCCUGAGCACCCUGAGCACCCUGCCCUCUGUCACCCAGAUCACCCUGUCCAAUAUAGCAGAGCACCAGGAAGUGCUGGAGGAGUUCAAGGUUGGAUUCAGGAAGUUUGCAGGUACUUUGAAUUCAUCACAAUUAAGAUUUUCAUCCACACCUCCUUUGCUGCUACUCCAGUUUAUCACCCACCAUCU